UGGCAAUGCCAAAGUAUGAGGAAGGCGAGUUUCCAGCCUUGGUCGUCAGCCUAGGAACGAGUAAGGUCAAAAUUGGAUAUUGUGGACCAGAAGACAUCCGCUUUCCAUCAGUAUUUGAUGCAGAUAGAAUUUAUCCUAGUUACAACUACGAAAAUCCGGAACGAUCUAUCGCUGGACUUUUGGUGGGGAGGACUAGACACGAGGCUCACACGAUAUAUGAAAGACUGUUGUUCAGCAAGCUAUUUCAUCUGUUUAACAAAUACAAUCCAUUCAUGCAUCCGAUACUGGUCACGGAAAGCUGUAGCGAAGACACUUCGAGUCGCAAUUGGAGAGCCGAAGUAUUGUUCGAAGAGUUCCAAGUACCGAGUCUGCACUUUAACAGCGACGCGUUCUUUACGAGCUACUGGUACGAUCAGAAGACGGGCAUCGUCGUCGACUGCGGUCACUCCUACACGACCGUCGUGGCAAUCUACGAGGGUCGACGUCUUCCGCAUGGAUGCGUGCUUCCCUACGGAGGUCUGACAAUCAUCAAAGGGCUACAGAAGCUGUUAGACGAAGAGAUAGACCGGAAACUCGGUCAUCCCACCGCUCACAUGAUGAGUCUAUUCAACGACUUGAAGGAGGAUCUGUGGACUAGAGACUACAGUUACUUUAUGCCGGGAUGUCAACCGCAGCCCAUUACAAUAGACCCGACAAUUAUCGGUCGAGAGAUAUUUCGAAUCGGUCGAGAGCGAUUUUCCGAGACGGAAGUACUUUUUAGUGGCGGGGGACGUCCGUUUCUGAUCGGAAUCCCACAGGCAGUGGUGGACUGUGCCAUGAAACAAAAAGACAAACGAUAUCGUGAUCUAUUACAGCACGUCAUGCUGUCUGGCGGCACCACUGGGUUUCCAAACUUCGACACUCGACUAAAGAAAGACAUUGUUAAAGCUGCAAUGAAAGCGAACUUGUACGCCGACGUUGCAAAGGCAAAGGAAUGCAUCCAUGUCGAACGUAAACUCCACUGUUGGUACAGUUCUUGGCUCGGUGCGCAGUUGAUAGCGAAGAAAAGAAUCUUUUACUUCAAUCAGGUGAUCAGUAGAAUAAAGUACCUCGAGGUUGGUACGAGACAUCUAUACGAGGUGUGUAAGCCUUUUAGUGAGACCGAUGAAUAAUUGUUUGAUCAAUGGAUGGUGUGUUACGUAUUCAGAUUGUUUAGUGGACUUAGUGUGAUAUUGAGUUAUAUUGUGUUGUAAUAGAAUU